AUGACCCUCGCCAGCGACCAUGACGCUCAAAAGCGCAAUGAAGACUCGCAGCAGGAUGCGAAGGAGGGUACAGAGGGUGAACCAAGUUCCUCAGAGGGGACCCAGGGUAUAAUUGGAAAAGCCACAGGAAAUGAGGAACAUCGACCGCCACUACCUCCCAGACCCUCACUCUUGAAGACGGGAGACAAAGCAGGGUCCGCUUUGUCGACAAUAGCCAAACCUACAACAGCGCUUUCGUCAGUUGAUAUACAGACCUUGUCAUUCCCCGAUGGUUCGAGGGGAACGUUUUCAACUCCUGCAACUCGGGCUGUGUCACAGACUGUGUCCUUCUCAGACACAUCAGCAGGGCAGAGCACACCGAGCAGGAAGGUUAGCCGUAACGGCAGCUUUGAUGAUGGGGCGAGUCUUAUGAGCUAUGCCCCAACGCUGAAGGCCCACGGAGACCUUGCAAGUUUGUUGGAUGAAGGCCUCAAUCAAAGUCCAGCUUGGAAACUACUCAGCUCGCAAGCGGAGUCUGUGAACCCAUUUGAGAACGUUGAGUUCGAAGACAACACUUUAAGCAACUUUCAGCAUGAGUUCGAUGAGAUUGAGGCUUUGGACAGCAAAAGUGGUAACGAAGAGGAAGUCCUUUUCCAAUGGAAGUCAAAGCUAAAGCACUAUCUCAUACUGUCUUCGGCAGGUAAACCAAUAUACAGUAGACACGGAGAUCAGAAUCUUAUCAAUGGCUAUAUCGGAAUCAUUCAAACGAUCAUUUCAUUCUUCCAGGGCUCAAAAGAUCCUUUAAUGGGUUUUACAGCAGGAGGCACAAGAUUCGUGGUAUCUACCGAGGGCCCUUUAUACUUCGUGGCCAUAAGCAAGCUUGGAGAAAGUGAUGCUCAACUCCGGGCGCAGUUAGAGGCUCUAUACAUGCAAAUUCUUUCGACCUUGACAUUGCCUACUUUAACCCACCUGUUUACAAACAGACCCAACACAGAUCUGAGACGCCCUCUCGAAGGCACUGAGACAUUGUUGUCCUCACUCGCCGAUACCUUUACCAAAGGCUCGCCGUCAGCAUUAUUGUCAGCCCUGGAGUGUCUGAAGAUCAGGAAAUCGCAACGGCACACUAUCAACAACACUCUGUUGAAGACACGAACUGAGAAGCUGCUGUAUGGCUUAAUUGUCGCUGGUGGACGACUCGUUAGUGUCGUGAGACCAAAGCGGCAUUCCUUACACCCAAGUGAUCUACAGUUGAUCUUCAACAUGCUAUUUGAAGCCGGGGGUGUCAAAGCUGGAGGCGGGGAGAACUGGAUUCCAGUAUGCCUUCCGGGUUUCAACAAUAGAGGUUAUCUCUACAUGUACGUGAGCUUCCUGAGCGCAUUCGAAGACGGGACAGAACCGGGAGAACGACCUUCCACUGCCAACAGCAGCAGUAAAGAAGAUGAAAUUGCUAUUCUCUUGAUCAGCGCUGAUAAAGAGAGCUUUUUCGAGCUGAAGCAGAUGCGAGAUGAUGUUGUGAGCCAAUUGGAAAAGAAUGGCAGCUUGGAAAUCAUCAGGGCAGCAGUUCGAAAGGGACGUCCAAGUACGACAGACAUUGUGCCUGGAACUCAGCUCAGGCACUUCUUGUACAAAUCGCGUGCGAAUGUCCAAUUUACCAUGCCGUCAUUCACUCCGGAAUUUAGUAGAUUGGUAGCUCGAAGAAGGCUCAUGACGUUAUAUCAUAAUCUCCACGCAUCAACACACGCCAAACAUUCCCACCUCAAAGUCCUGCACUGCGUGAGUAAAGACAGCAUCUCCCUGGCCUGGACAACGCCCAUUUUCGAAUUUUACUGCGUUGCGGGUCCAAACGCAUCCCGCGCCGUCCUCGCACAAGGCGCCAAUAAAGUGAUCCAAUGGGUGAAGCGCGAGGAAGAAAGAGUCUUCAUUAUCGGUGGUGCUGUGUUCUAG